UCAAUGCAGUUGCGUUUCCACCUCCCUCUCCCAAAUUCGAAAUGGAUAGCCGUUGCCUUUAACGAAGUAACCUGUGACUUGAAAAACACCUAAUUCCUCUGUUACAUUUCUUGCAAUCUUACCUGAUAGAAAGUAACAGAUUGAGACUUUGUUACCUGUAACAUUUCUCCCCCAAACACAAACUGUAAGAAAAUCACCUAUAACUUUCUUACAUUUUACACAAGUAUACAGGCAUCCAAACGGCCAUGGAACUUCCCAUUUGUGUACAGAAUUCAUACAUUUAGGACUCAUGAAUUCGUUAUCCAGACCACUGAUCUGAUGCUUCAUAUCAUAGAUGGAUCAUGCACGAAGCUCUCCAAAAGAGGGGCUAUUUUGUUAUCUUUUGUUGGGUUUUUACGUGUUCCAGCAGAUAUGAGUCGUGUUGCUUCAACAUGGUCAACAGUGGGUCGCUCAUUGAUGGGGAGCAUUGGAAACCAUUCAUCGGGUUUACUGAGAACAUCACAUGAUAUAAUGACAAGGCUGGGCUGCAGCAAUUUCUUCUCUCAGCAGCAAAGAACAUUCAUUCAAAUGAGGACCAACCUCAAAGUUGUCGAUAACUCGGGCGCAAAGCGGGUCAUGUGCAUACAAGCUCUAAAGGGGAAGAAAGGGGCAAGAUUGGGAGACACCAUAAUAGCAUCUGUAAAGGAAGCUCAACCCCGUGGCAAAGUUAAGAAAGGAGAGGUGGUCUAUGGCGUGGUCGUGCGUGCAGCCAUGCAGAGGGGCCGUUGCGAUGGGAGUGAAAUCAAGUUUGAUGACAAUGCAGUAGUCCUCGUCAACAAGCAAGGGGAGCCAAUUGGUACCCGUGUUUUUGGGCCGGUGCCUCACGAGCUUAGGAAGAAGAAGCAUGUCAAGAUUCUAACUUUGGCAGAGCAUAUUGCCUGAGGAAUGAUGACAUUGAUUGACAAUACUAGAGGGGGUAAAUGCUAAACUGGAGAUUUAAAGGAAGAACUCUAGAGCACUUUAAAAAAUAGAAGAACCAAGAUUAUUAUUUGGAAUGCAAUAUUAUUAGUAGAACUAAUUAGAGGCAUGCGGCUUUUUAGUUGAUUGAUGGCAUGGAGAUUCCUCAAAGCGAUUUGUUUCUGUACUGUUGUUCCAUGAUUUAAUAAAGAUGGAGAGAUGGAUGGGGAUGUCUUUAAUAGAAAUAGAGUUAGGUGGAUGAAAUGGAUAUGUUCUGUUUGGUUGUGGUUUGAUUGCCUCAUGCCUGUGAAUCUCAAGGAAAUAUUUUAUAAGACAGCUAUUCAACCAGCUAUGCUUUAUGUGGCGGAGUGUAGAGCAAUUCGAAGAGAAUAUUAAUAGCAGAUGAGGGUUGUAGAGAUGGAUAUGUGAGAAGACUGGGUAGGAUAAUAUUAAGAAAGGGGUCAUAAGAAGCAGCCUAGGAAAAGUCCUAAUAAGAGAAAAGAUGGAGAAUAAUGGAUCGAGAUGGUUUGGUCAUAUGCAAUGACAACUAAAGAUGGCUCUGAUAAGUAGGGAAUCUUGAGUAGGCUUAAAUGGGCUGAAAGAAGACGAGGAAGACUUGGAUCGAAGCAGUCAGAAGGGAUAUGAAGACGUGUUAUCUAUGUAAGAUAGGGCCUUAAAUAUAGGUUGUUGAUGAAACAGGAUUGUAAAUACAACCCUAAAUAGUCGGGACAGGGCUGUGAUGAUGCUGUAUGUAUGUGUAUGUUUACACUGUUGCAGUUUGCUUGGGACUGUAUACAUGAAUGUGUAUGUGCAUGUCUGUAGUCCCAGUCUGGUGUAUGAAUGAUUGUUUCUAUUUAUGCACAUGAGGAUGAAUGUGCUCCUAGGCCUGAAUUUUGGAAAAAAUUUGGUGCAACCUGGGUGGGUCGGGUUGGGGUUGAGGUUCAACUCAAACCUUACCUGAACUCAAGAAAACCCAACCUGCAACCUGACCUGAACUGACUUCCAAUCCAAGGUGCCCAACCUGAACCCAACCCAAAUUCCUUUAUAUCCGACCCGACCAGACUCGACCUAAAACCUGACCCAAAUACAUGUCUUCCAAACCAACCUAACCUGACUCAAAUGAUCUCAACAUAAACCCUACCGAU